AUGUUAAAAAAGCUAUCACAAUAAUUUUAGAAGAUAUCCACAAAAUCAUUUAAAUAAGGAGUAUUCUUAAGUUGUUCAACCAAUAAAAUUACUUAUGGUUUUAGAUCAAAUAGAUUUAUUGCAAAAAAUUAAGAAUCAAAUGAAUCAUCUAAAAUGAUAAUUACUCAUGAGGAAAUCAUAUCGUUUCUCAAAAACAAUAAAAUUACAUAUCGUGUUUAGAGAUCAUAUGCUCAAUUAUAGUUUUGCCCAUUCUGCAGUAAAAGAAAUUUUGAUGAGCUUUCCAAUCAAUACACAAUGGGCAUAAAUUUAAAAAAUGGAAUGUAUAAUUGUUUUAGAUCCAGUUGUUAAUCAAAAGGAUAAUGGAAAGACUUUUUGCAAUAAAUGACUCAUAAUGAUCCUAAAAUGAUUGUUGAUGGCCCAAUUCAUGCUAUACCUAAGUAGAAUAAUUAAGAAGAUGUUGGAACCUUUGACUAAAAAUAUGAACUAUUUCAAUUUCAUUUGCAUUAUUAAAGAAUGAAACUGCAGUAGCCAAAAUUUAUAUAUGAGUAUUUAGUUGGAAAUAAUUGGGAAUAGGUUUAUGAUAAUCAAAGAGGUAUCAAAGAUGAAGUCUUGAAUAAAUAUUUAGUAGGCAUUGGUUAAGAUGAAGUAUUUGAUCCUCAAUUUAAAAAAAUAGUUAUGGCCCCUCUUAUUUAUUUUCCUAUGUUCAGAUUGCUCCCUUUACAACAGCAAAAUGAUAGUCAUAUAUAAAAUUAGUAUAUACAAUCCAAAUACAAUUCUUAACUUUAUGAAUUAGUGAGUUGUAAAUUAAGAGGAAUGGGAAAAGAAAAUAAAUACAUCUAAAAAAUAGAGCCUAAAAAUGCUAUGAAGGGAAUUUUUGGGUUAAAUUUGUUAACUAAAGAUGUCAAAUAAAUUAUUUUAACAGAAGGAGAAUUUGAUGCCAUGGCUGCUUAUCAAAUGACAGGAAUCCCAUCUAUUUCCUUACCUUACGGUAUAGCUCACUUCCCUAACUUUCUAUUGGAAUGGAUAAAUGAAUACAAAGAAUUGAAUAAUAUCUUAGUUUGGGUUGAUGAUGACGAUUUUGGAAGAGUUAAUUCUCAUAAAAUAGCAACUAAGAUUGGACAUUGGAAAACUAGAAUAAUAUAGCCAUCCUCAGUGAAUGCUGAUUAAUAUCCUAAAGAUGCAAAUGAUUGUUUAAGAUAUUAUCCAGAUAGAGUUCAAGAAUAUAUAAGUAAAUCAAUUACUCUCAAAUGA